AUGCAGAAGAGCGGCAUUCCAUCAUAGCCCUGUGUCCGAACACGUUUUCAACUACAGCAUUGUGGAGGUCCGUGCAGGGAAAGGUGCCUGUCAUGUUUGUUCUGCUCUCGAAUCUGCUGCCAGCAAGCGUCUGAGUCUUUGAGUUCCCAAUCAGAGCAAAGUUCACCCCAAAACAAACAGCUGUGGACGGCUGCGAGCGAGGUGAGCGUUGAAGCAGGACAGCGAGGAUGAUUCGAAGCGUUCUGAAACGAAUGGCCUUCACCCCUGAUCUGUCUCCAGAGACCCUUCCGCUCGCUGCGCCUCGACCCCCAGCAGCCACCGCCGGCCCGCGAGCGCACCGCAAGCCUAGCGAGGGCCACAGCGGGCAGCCGGUGCGCGGCAGCAUGGAGGUGGGCAUGCGCGUGGUGCGCGGCCUGGACUGGAAGUGGGGGAACCAGGAUGAAGGAGAGGGGCAUGUGGGCACGGUGGUGGAGAUCGGCCGGCAGGGCAGCACCACUACGCCCGACAAAACUGUGGUGGUGCAGUGGGACAGCGGCACUCGCACGAAUUACCGCACCGGAUACCAGAGCGCCUACGACCUGCUGCUGUACGACAACGCACAGAUCGGUGUCCGACAUUCAAACAUCAUCUGUGACAGCUGUAAGAAGCAUGGCAUCAUGGGAAUGCGCUGGAAGUGUAAGGUGUGUUUCGACUACGACCUGUGCACUCAGUGCUACAUGAACAACAAGCACGACCUGACGCACACCUUCGAGCGCUUCGAGACGGCGCAUUCGCACCCAGUGAGCUUGACGCCGAGACAGAACCUGUCCAGAAUCAUCCUGAAAGGAAUCUUCCAGGGGGUGAAGGUGGUGCGCGGGCCCGACUGGGACUGGGGCAACCAAGACGGUACGGUCAUUUCAGUCCUGGAGAAGCUGCUCUCUCAGUCCACGGAGCAGGAUCAUCCGGGCCGGCUGGUUAUCGAGGCGGCUCACGGGAACGCCGUUAAAGUGCGUGAACUGGUGCAGAAAUACCCUGAGAAGGUGGACAUUAAGAACCAGGGGAAGACGGCUCUGCAGGUGGCUGCCCAUCAGGGACAUGUGGAGGUGGUGAAAUUUCUGCUUCAGGCCAACAGCAGCAUUGAAGCUAAAGAUGAGGAUGGAGAUGCUGCGCUACACUACACAGCGUUCGGAGUCACAUUUGACUCGUAUGGAGAUACACCCUUACAUGACGCCAUUGCCAAAGACUUCAGGAGCAUCAUUGAGAUUCUGACUGUGGUGCUCAACAUUGAUUUCACGCAGCAGAACAACCGCGGCUUCAACCUGCUGCAGCACGCCGCUCUGAAGGGCAACAAACUAGCGACGGAGAUGAUCUUGGCUCGAGCUCGACAGCUGGCUGAUGUUAAGAAGGAAGAUGGGUUCUCUGCUCUGCAUCUGGCCGCCUUGAACAACCACCGGGAUGUAGCUGAGAUUCUCCUCAAAGAGGGUCGUUGUGACAUCAACAUCCGCAACAAUCGCAAUCAGACGCCGCUGCAGCUGGCUGUGACUCAGGGUCACGUGGCUCUAGUGGCCCUGCUGGUGACGGAGGGGGCAGACGUCAACGCAGAGGAUGAGGAUGGAGACACAGCCAUGCACACGGCUCUCAGCCGCCAGCAGCUGGCCACCGUCAUGAGCAGCGGCGAGGGCGAAGGAGCGCUGCUCUACAGCAGGUUGUGUAGCUCAGGGCUGAUGGGAAACACGGAGCUGAACGUAGGAGCUGCUAUCGCUUGCUUCUUGGCACAGGAAGGGGCCGAUAUCAGUUAUGCCAACCAUAAAGGUAAAAGCCCACUGAACCUGGUUGCAGACAGCAGUGUACAAACUCUCAUCAGGAGCUUCGCAGAAAAACACAGGCUUCAAGCCGUCACGUGUGGCACGGGCACGAGCAGCAGCAGUCUCAGGCGAGUGCACACUACACCCAACACCAUGACCAACCUGGCCAUGCCCAGCGCGACGGGCCCCAGCGAGUGCCUGAUCUGCUCCGAGCUCGCUCUGCUAGUGCUGUUUUCUCCAUGUCAACACAGCGUCGCCUGCGAGGAAUGUGCUCACAGAAUGAAGAAAUGUAUCCGGUGCCAGGUGACAAUAACAAAGAAAAUUCGACAAGCAGACCAGACGGAGGUGGAGUGCAGCCCCAGCUCGGAGAACUCGGAGAAGCACAACCUGCUGGAGCAGCUGCAGUCGCGCUACAGACAGAUGGAGGAGCGCAUCACCUGCCCCAUCUGCAUCGACAACCACAUCAAGCUGGUGUUCCAGUGCGGACACGCCUCCUGCAUCGACUGCAGCGCCGCGCUCAAGACCUGCCCCAUCUGCCGGCAGACCAUCCGCGAGAGGAUCCAGCUGUUCGUCUGAGCCUCAUCAUUCAGUCAUGAAGCAGGACCGCGAUCACUGGAUGGCCCACCAAUGACUGCGGUUUGGAUCGGUGUCGUCCUCUGAGUAGCAUGUGGACAUCUGCUCCGACGACCUACAGUAUUACCGAGUGAAGAGGAGUUUAUACACUUCGUGCCGCUGAAGCGCUAGAUUAUAGCGAACCGUAAAGCAUCCCCAGCAUGCAAUGAGCGCUGACGUGUCACAUCAGCCCUCUCACAAAACCUGUCGGGACCUGGCCAUAUUUCACACUAAAAUCCACAGGAAGAAAUCAUGUUGUGCAAGAAAAAGAAAAUAUUGAGAUAUUUAGCGCUGCAUAAUAAAAUGAUUUGAUUUUAUGACAUUCUCACCUGAGUGUUUAUGCAUCAUGGUAGUAAAGUAUUUGUUUUACUCUAGCUUUGAUUUAUGCCAAUAGAAACGUUUUUACAGAGAAUAUAAGGAAUAUUAAUUCUCCUAGAUUCAUAAUGUAAUUUAUUGCUUUUGUUUGUGUGAUUUUCGGGUGAAAUAUGACCUGGUUUGUUUCCAUCAGAUCCCACCAUAUACGGUGAUCCAGGGCUUGCUGCUUCAAACACUCACUUCAUUCAAAGUCGUUAAAGUGCAGCACUUCAUCGGUCGUGUCCCAGCGUCCCUGAGAAUGCCGUUCACAUCAUUUGCCGUCGUUUGUCCGAGGGUGAUAUUGUACAGAUGCCUGUACCUUACCUCUCGCAGAGCUAGAACUUACACAAGCUUUCCACGAGCAAGAGAUAUACAUAAUGCAUGCUGGUGAGCGUAUUAUCUACGUCAUAUAUAGUGUCACGAAUACCAUUUGUAGUGUUAUAAGUGCAGAUGACCUGUAAUUUUUACCCUGUGUCUGUGCGAGGGUCUGACUGAAAGACCCUUAAUAACAUAAUAGUAGAUUAAUUUGUGGCAGCAAAGGUGCUGAAUGCUUCCUAAUACUAGGAGUUCUUUAGUUUUUCCUCAGGUUUAUGCAAGUCAGUUCAACUCAAAAUGCAAGAAAUCCCCCGUCUGUAAACUUUACUAAACGUACAACCUUAUCCACUGGCAUUGCAUGACAUUAUAUAAAGUGUUUAUUAGCCUCAUAUCUCCCAAAGUAAUGUUUUGCCUAAAUGUAUUCUGAGAUUGAAAGUAAUGAAUUGGGAACUCUUCAAGGUUGUAGGUCAUUGCACCUAUAGAACCCAUAGAAUUUACAAAAUUGCGAUUUAAAGAAAUCAUCACUGCUGUCAGUAUUUACCCCCAUGUCACUCAAAACCUGUAUGUGUUUAGUGUGUGCGUGCGUGCGUGCGUGCGUGCGUGAGUGAGUGAGUGAGUGAGUGAGUGCGUUAGUGAG